CUUUUCGUUCUGAUGAAAACCCAUCAAGAAAGACUUUUGAAAGCUAAACCAGAAAGUAGCUUUUGAAACUUUAUUCAUCAAAAUUGGGUACCCACACGUUAACCAAAGAAGAAACCUGAAAACGAAGAACCCAUAAGCCACUAAGUUUUGUUUUUAUUCUCGUACCCGAUCUAAUCUUGAUCGGAAUUCUUCUCUAACCUCUUUUCAGAUUCUUGAAUUGGUUCUCUUUCCAACAAAAGAUCCAGUUUUUGCUAGCAAUGAAGGGAAUGAAGGAAAGGUUGGUGAAGAAAAUCAAACUCAUCACCACUGUCAAGACGUUGAAGCAAGGCUUAGCUCUUCAUAAGAGUACCAUUGAUCGCACAAUACAUCAUCUAAGAGACGAAAUAGUCGCUGAAUCUAGUCAAAUCAAAGGUUGUGUUACACCAACACUACUAGAGCUUGAAGAUGCAGAGGAACAGAAUCUUGAAGAAGAAAGAGGGAUUCUUUUGGAGUUUAAAGAGAAUUGCCCACCCGGGGGAGAAGAUUCGGUUGUUUUCUACACGACGGGCCUGCGAGGUGUGAGGAAAACAUUUGAAGCUUGCAGAAGAGUGAGAUUCUUGUUGGAGAAUCACCAGGUGAUGUAUAGAGAGAGAGAUGUUUCCAUGGAUUCAGAGUUUAGAGAAGAGAUGUGGAGGUUGCUUGGUGGGAAAGCUACCUCUCCGAGGCUAUUCAUUAGAGGUAGGUACAUUGGUGGAGCAGAAGAAGUUGUGGCAUUGAACGAGAACGGGAAGCUUAAGAAGCUGCUAGAAGGAAUCUCGCAGGUUGAUUCGCCUUGCGAAUCUUGCGAGAACGAAAGGUUUUUGAUAUGUUCUAGCUGCAAUGGGAGCUCAAAAUUGCUUGUAGAUCAUCACGAUGAGGAGACUAGUAAUGAUAAUAUGUGGACGAGAUGCAGAGAAUGUAAUGAGAAUGGACUUGUGAAAUGUCCUCUUUGUACGUAGUUGCUGUUAUAAGCUAAUAAUAACUAUCUGAUUUUAACUUUGUAGAGUUAUGAUGU